AUGGCCCCUGCCGGUUCAUCCUACAUCAUUGUCGGCGCGGGGGUUUUUGGAGUGUCGACCGCCUACCACCUGAUUCGAAAGUACCCCUCGGCGUCGGUGACGCUCGUGGACCGCGAUGCCUUUGACGCCGACAGCCGGGUCGCGGCGUCGUGGGACUGGAACAAGGUGAUGCGCGCCGACUACGACGACCCCGUGUACUGCGAGCUGGCGCUCGAGGCGCAGGACGUCUUCACGUCGGAUCCCCUGUGGCGGCCGUUCUUCCACCAGACGGGGCUCUACUGGAUGUGCGGGCGCGACUACGCCCGCGACUGCAUCCGCAACUUUGAGCGGCUCGGCCGCCACCACGACAUCUCCGUCUGGCCCGUCGACGAGGCGCGCAACAUGUUUGGCGGCCUGUUCAGCGAGUCCGACUACACCAACGUCGAGCAGGUGCUCGCCCGGGCCGGCGGCUGGGUCGCCGCCGGGGACUGCCUGCAGGCCGUCACCCGCAGGGUCCUGGAACUGGGCGUCGCCUACGUGGCCGACGAGGUGGCGGCGCUGCAGACCACCACCUUCCCGUUGCCAAUUGUACUUGGCCCAUCAAACUUUGGCAAUAAACACGAGCCUGGCAGCACUGAGCCAAAAUUGCAACCAGUUUCGAACAGCUUUUAA